GUUUAAACGACCUGCCCUUCAGACAGCCCAACCUUACAGCCAACACGGUCAAGUACUGGAUUAUGAAUCCUUUACACCAAAGUAAACUCAUUAGGCCUACAUCUUGUGAGGGCCCCAGGGUGUCGCUAAUGCAGCAGGUUUAAUGUCCUGCUAGUUUGAAUAAAUAAAUAAACAUAAAUAAACAACCACAUUUACAACACCUGAUCCCACUGAAAGUCCCUGCUUCCCACCUUCUCGCCAAUGACGAUGAUCUGGAGCAUCCCGUUCCAAGGGGGGCUCCGUCGCGAGAGGAAAGCGCCGUGGGGGACGAGGUUAUCUGCAGCGUAGGGAGAGCGGCGAGUUCUAUACAGACGCAUGCGCAGUAAGGUUGCGCUGGCUCAUCUCUGAGAAACACGUCGACCCUCUCCUCCUCGGAUGCUGGGACCGGACUCCCUCACCUGCGGGAUGCUGACCGUGUGACAGCCUGUGGUCAUGCUGCUGGGGGGGUCGACGAGUCAACGUUAAGGUCCGUCGAGUAACGGGAGCAAAGGUCGCGUGCAGGCUUACUGCAGCACAUUAUUCUCCCCGCUCCCAGUUCUGAAGGGACGAGGGAGGAUGACGCAGCCUAAAGACAGCAUGGCCGCCGUGGUGACCAAGAAGCUCCGCUGCACGGAGUACAUGAAGAAGUUCCGCGAGCCCAAGUGGGAGACGUUCUCCAAGUGCUACGAGGACUCCCUGAGGUACCGGCUGACCCGGCGGGUCAUGGAGCACUCCCACAAGCCCUGGGUGUGGAACGGCUGGGACCGCGUCUCCGACUCCAGCGGGGGCUCCACUCCGCGGCCGCCCCGCAGAGAGAUCGCCCCGCUCUCCGUGGUCCCUCAGAUGCACUCCGAGGUCAGGGGUCGCGACCGACUGUCCAAAUUCGAGCCGCCACCUGAGCCCAAGCCCCCUUUCAGGGGUGUAGACGCCGAGGUCAAGGCGAGGGAAACGGACACGUCUCUGGCAGGGAGCCGUCCGGGUGUGAGGGCCCGGCGGGGGCCCACGAAGGAGGCCUUGAGCAGCACCGGACCCUCAGAGACCACCGAGACGGACGCUGGGCCAUUGGAUUCCUCAGACCAGGAGCCAACGAGACCCGGGCCCCGGCGCCGCCCCCGCCGGCCCCCGGCCGCCCUUCACCACGGGGGGUCUGGAGACGAGAGCGGGGCGGUCCGCAAGCCCUCCCGGGCCAAGAGCCAGCCCUCCCUUGUCGCCAAGGAGACGCUGCAGCGCUCCGGACGACAUCACUGGCUUGAUGCCAAGCAGCAGGUCCAGGGUAGGGUGACGGCGGACGCCUGUGUCCAGACCACCCGGCGCAGCUCGGACAAGAGGGCAUCGAACCCGGAGCGGCGGCGGGCGCGCUCGGCCGACCUGGAGAAGACCCAGAGGUCUGAGCUGACGGUGGUGGACAGCCAUUGGGUGACGGAGUACAUGCGCUGCUUCUCUGCCCGCCUCCGGUAGGGGGAGGGGCUACUCCGGCCGACACGCUAGAGGAAUCUAGAAGCGACUGGCUGGACCCCCCCGGAAGGUUCUAGGAAGGUUCUAGCCUGAAGUCGCCAGACCGAACGAGUAGGAAUCUGGAAGUUCUCAGUUCGUUUGCGAUUUCUAAGGGGUGUAAUCAAACCGUGCGGACCAAAAUGCCUCAGGAAGCCUUAGGGUAGACGACGUCCAACCAAUCAGAGCAACGACACAUGUGACACAUCAGCAGCAGCCAUCUUGGUUGUUUAUGAAAUGCCUCAACGGCGCUCCCACAGGUUUUUAAUCUGUACAGUCUUCGUAUCCAACACGCCCCAUAUUAGAUGUAUUUUAUUGAAUUGUAUUUAUUGAUCCUUUAUUUAGUCAGAAAGAUCUCAUAUAGAUAUAGAGAAUAUAGAGAAUGCUCUCUUCUUCUUGGGAGUCCUGGUCAAGACGACAGCACAAUAGUUACGCCGAGAAAAUAACUGUUUCACUACGUUGAUAAGCGGUUGUGAUUAACCCGACCCUGGCCAGGUCUGCUGGACACCUGUCUGAACGGGAUGGGGGCCAGACGCAUAGGCAAGGGCAAAUGAAUCAUGGGCUUGCAGAGUCGUCUGCUUCUCAGGGUAGGACAAUUCAAGAAGAUUCUGGCAGACUACAAUAAUCUAGGAAACUUGGGUCUUGAGACAAUCCUGGACACGUGACUCACAUUCUGUUUGGCUAAAAGGAUCAGUAUGGAUCUCUAAAUCGAUCUUAUGAAAUAACAAUCUGGGCAUUAACUUUAACAUUCACAUAAGUAAAGUAAACACAGCCAUGAGUCCAGAUAUUAGAGAAAUAGGAAUCCAAGAGUAUCCACGAGCACUAGCGGAGGAUACAUUUGCGCCGUUCUAAGCAGCACGCCCUAUCGGUGUCACGUGUUUUGUAACGCUGAUUGGCUGAGGGGUUUCUCUGUCAGAUACUCCCACCCACGGAUAAUUGGUCCCAUGAGCAAGAGGGUUUCCAGGCUAAGGGAACUCUUGAAUAUUCUCUGAGAUUCUGGAAUAUUCUGGUAGUUUAUUGGAGAUACUGAAAGAUUCAAUAAUAAUCUAGAAGUGGGAAAGAAGUCCAAAUAGUCUCCUGGCGUCAGGGGCUAUAAGAUCUUGAUAUAUAAGCACUCUAUAAGAAAUGUAUAUGAAACAUCAGGGGCAAAACACCACAAAGUAUUUUAGUAUCUCUAUCUUGUUUAGAAUUUAAUGAUUCUUUGUUUCUGAACAAGAACCCUCCAUUACUGAUGCAUUAUAUCAUGUAGGCAGCUGCAUGUGCUCUGAAAUUAGAGGAAAUGUUUAAUUGAAGAUAAAUAGAGGACCAAAUAGUGAAAUAUUUUUGAUAUACAUUUUACUAUUUUAAAGAUAUUGAUUUUAUGCUCUAUUGUCUGAUCUAGGAAAGGAUUAAAAACAGGCAUAAUUAAACAAAUACUUAAAUUAUUUAGUAUUCAAAAUAUGGCGAUUUUGCCUUUUAUUGUUGUCAGAGAAAAUAGUAUUCUGAAUAGUCUAAAGAUCUAAUAAAAAAGAGAGGGGGAGAAAGGUAGAGCAUUCAACACGACCGCCGCCCUGUUUAUGUUCUGGCUUAGAACUUUUACCCACCUUUUAAAAAUAUUGAAAAGCUUUUUAAUAUUCUUUCAUGAUUCCAGAAUGUAUUUUCUCUCAGAGGGGAGUACGAGGAGGUAAGGUAUAGCUUUAAAUUAGGACAUCUAUUUUGGUCAGAUUUAAAGCUGAAAUUUGUUAAUUUUGAAACAUGAAAUUCCCAUAUGACAUGGUUGUCAGUUAUGUCUUUGGUUGUAAUGGUUGUGGAAUGCUGUGGGUCUUGUAUUGAUAGUGAGGACCAUGAAGAGUGAAGUUUUGCUGGUAUUAUGGAUUUGUUAUUGUUCUGAUGAGCGUUUAGCGUGACGAUGUUACAGCGUGUUAAGCUAAACUUUAGUUGGACUACUUUUGAUGAUUGUUCUCUUAACUGAUUGUAUCUCCACAGAGGGCUAAGUACAAUAAGUAAUGGCUUGUUCUGGCUAAUGUGCAUUCAUUUACUUACAUUAUCUCUUUUAGUCUGAAGCUAAACCAUACAUAUAUUAUUUACGCAGAGGUAGAGAAUGUGGAGGAAGAGGAGUGUGUUUCUGUUUAUUUUAAUAAUUGUUAUAGUUGUAAUGCGUGUACAAUCUUAAGUGAACUCCGGCCUGUCUUUCACAUGCACUCCUUCACGUGCACUCGGUCAGGUGCCCUCCCUCACGUGCGCUCUCUUACUUGGUCAGUUAAUGUAAAUUCAUUUAAAAUGGCUAAAUUAUAAGAAAAUAUGUUUUCUGACCAUCUUCACUGGUCAUCAACCAAAUGUAUUUUGUGAAAAGUGGAUACUUUUUAACCUAUUCUGUCAUGUGGUCAUAAAGCUUGUCACAGGCUACAUGGUAUUCAAAUUAUACCAUGUUAUCACUACUAGUUGCACAUGGUUAUACAUGGUACUACAUUUACAUUAAUACUCUUACUAUACCAAUGCCACUCAGGUUAAACUAACCAUAAGUAAAACACAAUUAUCAAUAAUACACAGAUUGGUUUGUGUUAUGCAUUCCGGACCUGAAAUCGUGUAAAAAUGAUACUUUUCCCAUUCCUUUAAAACAAAUGUGAGUUGUUUGACGUUUUUAAAACAAUUGAAAGCUACAGGAUUUCCAUGAAUGAACUGCAACUAAAUUCACAACUUAAAGUCUAUUGAUGUCAGCUACUUUUAAUUUGAUGAAUAUAGCGUAGUCAGUGUUGAUAAAUUAAAUAAAAUAAAGUUUUUGUACUGCUUAAGAAACGAUGAAAAAGGUGUGUCAAACAAAAAUCAUGCACCAUGACUGUUCUCCACUGAAGUUUACAUUUUGACCACUGUAUUCAUAUUUCAAACCCUGUUUCUAACUUUAUUAGUAUGUCAAACAAUGUAUUAAUAUUUUAAACGCUAUAUUUUCAUUCCUUAUGAAGCACUUCUGUGAUUUAUUAAACCAUAUUUGAAUUAUGA